AUGGCUUCAAAGAAAUGGAAGAAAGAGUCGUGGUACAUCACGGAUGAUCGAGCCGACGAGCACAAUACCAUCCACUACGGCUGGAACGAAGACUGGGGCUACUGGAUUAAGGUGAUGGACGAUCGUCUUCAAAUGGCCGAUGACUGGCAUUGUCCGUACAACACCCUCGCCGAACUAGACAGGUUCAGGGCAUCCGUGCUGGACGGCGGUCGCGAUGGAUGCUAUUUGAGUGCCUACACGGGGCCUCGGGGCCAGGGAAAGAAAGUGGACUUCGAGGUCCUGCUGGAUCUUUGGACAAUAUAUGAGGUCCCAAACGAGACGAAAAUUACGGCCGAGUUUCGUAACAUGUCGGAGCGAGAGAUCCAAGAGGUUACCGAUACUAUAGAGGCCAAGAACGAGGACGAAUGGGUCAACCCAUGGGCUCGGACCGAGAGCCAAUGCGGAUGCGGGGAUUGCGAGGAAUGCGAGGAAUUCGAUGCGAUCGAUGCAAUCGAUGCAACCGAUGAAAGCGAUGAAAGCGAUGAAAAUGACAAAGAGGAAGACGACUAA